AUGGCGGCGCCGAUCCGCGAGCAAACUCCCAUCGGCGACGAGGAGCUGACCAGAGCCAUCGAAGGCGGUGAUCCAGACCUGGCCGAGUUCGCCUUCCGCCUUCGAACCGCAACGGAUGAGCCACUGCUUACGAAACGCGGCUCCGCGGUGGAGGGCCUUACGGCAGGAAUGGUAAAGACAGGUCCUCGUAUCCCCGCCGACUGUCCUGCAGCGUCGGCUUUGAGGAUAUCAUGUCUGUUCAACGAGGAACAGUGGACUAUCGAUUCACCCAGAGACCAGCCCUUUCGCGCUCAACGCUCGACCGUGGAUGAAGACAGACUGCACAAGGAUGUCAACGGGGGUCCCAUUACUGAUAGAGCCCAUCUCGACGAAACCUUUUGCAUAACGACGAUGACAUCGCUGCGGAACCACCUGCCCCAACGACCGGAACAUGGACGGUUUCUGCGGGCCGAGUAG